AUGCGCGCGUUGUUGCGCCCGCUCGCAAAGAACGCCGUCGCGCUCCCUAUUGAGACCAUCGUCUUCUUCUUCGUCGCGACCACCCUCGCCUACUUCCAGCUCCUCUCCGUCAUCAAGCACUCCUCAUGGCUCGCCCCGUCCGCCGCGCCCGAAAUCCGCCCGGCGAACGUUCUCUAUCGUGAGGGCGAGUGGGUCAGCGUCGGGGAGAGCGUAUGGAUGGGCGGAGUCGUCGACGAGAGCGUGGAUGCCCUUGAGCUGCAGCAGAUCGUCUUCUCCCUGGACGCGCCCAAGCCGGCUGGCAAGCCCAAGAAGGCAUCCAAGUCAGAGUCUGCGCCCGUGGACUCUGCCCUCGUGGAGAACUCGGUGAACCACCUCAUCGCGCACCUGACGCACCAGUUCCCGUCCCUCUCCGGCUACAAGUACCCCGCGCUGUGCUCGCCCAGCGCGCUCAACGGCACCGCCGAUGCGUCCGCGUGUUUCACGUCCGUUACCGUCCAACCCCGCUCGACGAUCCUUACCCUGUCGUUCACUCCCGGUGCGCGCGACGACUUUGUCGCCGCGCUGAAGCACCACGCCAGCUUUGGGAGCGAUGCCAACGGCGUCAGCUUCCACGUCGAGGAGCAGCAAUCCGAGAAUAUUGGCCAGAUGAAGAGCGGCAAGUGGGUCGCGUACGCCCUGCGCGCGCUCGUCAUGCGUUUCUGGGAGCUGACCAAGAAAGCGGACUCGCUCGACAUCAUGCUCGUCCUCCUCGGCUACGUCCUCAUGCACCUCACCUUCAUCCGGCUCGUGCUGCGCUCCCGCGCGCUGGGCUCCAACUUCUGGCUCACGACUGCCGUGCUCUCCUGCGGCAUCACGUCCUUUGUGCUCACGCUCUGCAUCUGCGCGUACCUGCGCAUCCCGCUCGACCCGGUCAGCCUGAGCGAGGCGAUGCCGUUCGUCGUGUGCACUGUCGGCUUCGAGAAGCCUUUGCGCCUCGCGAAGGCGGUGUUCCGCAACCGGUACGUGACGGAGCCCGUCGAGGCGCCGAGCCCGGGCAGCAGAAGCGGCGCGGACACGCCCGCGCUGCGCUCGGGCAUGCAGACGCCCCGCGCGGGCCAGAUGAAGAGCGCGAGCGAGGUGAUCAUGGAGGCGUACGACGCGGUGGGCAACUCGAUCUUGAGGGACUAUGCGCUCGAGAUUGCGGUGCUGUGUGGGGGGAUCUGGAGCGGUGUCGGGGGCUUGAAGGAGUUUUGCGCGCUCGCUGCGGUUCUGCUGACUGUAGACUGUGUGGUGCUGAGCACGUUCUACGUCGCGGUGCUCGGUGUCAUGGUUGAGGUCCGCCGCAUCAAGCGCUUCAGGUAUAUCGCGCGGACGCUGGCUCAGCAGUACGCAAAGGCUACGCGCAAGCCAAAGGGCUCCGCUGCUGUCGACGAUGAUGAUGACGAGGAGCCCAUCCCGAUUACCAGCAAGAACAUGAGCUUCCGCGAGCGCCUUACCGCUGCCAUUCUUGGUGUCAAGGGCAGCAUGCUCAAGCAGCACCAGGGUGUGCGUCCCGGCCUGGAGGCCCAGAAGGAGGACGAGGAGAGCCCUGUUGCAAGGCUCAAGCUGCUUUUGAUCGUGUCAUUCUUGACGCUACAUAUUUUGAACUUGUGCACGACUCUGGCGCCCGCGACCGCGGCUGCUCGGUAUAACAACAGAGUGUACGGCGACCAGCCUAUCCCCGCUGUCCGCAAGGUCGAUAUCACCAGCCCCGUCAUCUCGAAGGUGCUUUCUGACAUUGCGGUUGCGCACGCUACGCCGCUGUCGAACGACAGCGCUGCGCUCGACACCGUCGAGAAGGACCUGCUCGUCAAGGUCGCGCCUCCCGUCUACGUGCGCAUCGUCCCGCCCACAUCUACUCGCGGCGCGAGUGCGAAGGUCGAGCAGUUCUUGGAGUCAUGGACCGGCAUCGUCGCGGAUCCGAUCAUGAGCAAGUGGAUCGUGGCCAUCCUCGCGGUCAGCAUCGCCUUGAACGGGUUCUUGCUCAAGGGCCUCGCGUUCACGUCGGGCUCGACCGCUGCACAGCCGCCGUUCAUGUCUGCGAGUGCUGCCGCCGUCAUCUCGCCCAUGCCCGAGCACCUCGGUGCUCAGCCGCUCAGCCUGGAGGACAUUGAUCGCAAGCUGGAGAAGGCGCGGGAGAGGCCGCAGCAGUUGCCUGCGCUGCCGCCGGCCCCGAGCUCGAGCAGCUCGUCCGAGUCGUCCACGCCGUCAAGCCCUGGUGAGGUGAAGAAGGUGUCGGAGGUGUCGAGGGAUACCGUGCGCUCGCUACAGGAGUGCAUUGAUAUCUUUGAGAAUGGCCCGCGUCCCGUUUCGGUGUCGUUGUCGCUGUUGAACGACGAGGAAGUUAUUCAGCUGUGCCAGGCGGGCAAGAUUGCUGCAUAUGCGCUUGAGAAGGUGUUGGGUGAUUUGGAGCGGGCUGUCGCUAUUCGGCGGGCUUUGAUCUCUCGUGCAUCGAAGACUAAAACCCUGGAACACUCCAUUAUUCCCAUGUCUCAGUACGACUACUCGAAGGUAUACGGCGCGUGCUGCGAGAACGUCGUUGGCUACAUCCCGCUUCCUCUCGGUAUCGCCGGUCCGCUCAAGAUCGACGGUGAACUGUACCCGAUCCCGAUGGCUACCGCUGAGGGCACCCUCGUCGCGUCCACUUCGCGCGGAUCGAAGGCCCUGAACGCCGGCGGAGGCGUCACGACGGUCGUCACCUACGACUCCAUGACCCGUGGCCCUGCCAUCGACUUCCCGAGCAUCACCGAGGCCGCGCGCGCCAAGGCUUGGAUCGAUUCGGACGAGGGCAACGCCAUUCUGAAGGAGGCUUUCGAGUCGACGUCGCGCUUCGCCAAGCUGCAGAGACUCAAGUGCGCGAUGGCUGGCCGGACGCUCUACGUCCGCUUUGCCACUACCACCGGCGAUGCGAUGGGUAUGAAUAUGAUCUCGAAGGGGACCGAGAAAGCGCUCGAGGUCCUGCAGGCGAAGUUCCCGGACAUGAUUGUCCUCGCGCUGUCGGGCAACUACUGCACGGACAAGAAGCCCGCUGCGAUCAACUGGAUCGAGGGCCGCGGCAAGAGCGUCGUCGCUGAAGCUGUCAUCCCCGGCAAAAUCGUCAAGAGCGUGCUCAAGACCACCGUCGAGUCGCUGGUGAACGUCAAUGUGAAGAAGAACCUCAUCGGCUCGGCGAUGGCGGGCUCCAUUGGUGGCUUCAACGCGCACGCGGCGAACAUCUUGACGGCUAUCUUCCUUGCUACCGGCCAGGACCCCGCGCAGAACGUCGAGAGUUCCAUGUGCAUGACUCUCAUGGAGCCAGUCAACAAUGGCGAGGACCUUCUCAUGACUGUCUCCAUGCCUUGUAUCGAGGUCGGCACAGUCGGCGGUGGUACUGUCUUGGGUCCUCAAGGCGCCGUCUUGGAAAUGCUCGGUAUCAAGGGCGCCCACCCUACGGACCCCGGCCAGAACGCCCAGCGCUUGGCCCGUAUCAUCGCCGCUGCUGUCAUGGCCGGCGAGCUGUCGCUCAUCAGUGCGCUCGCCGCUGGCCACCUCGUCCGCGCCCAUAUGGUGCACAACCGGUCGCAAGUCAACACCCCCGCUGUCUCCCGCCCCGUCACGCCCGGCCCUGGCACGCCGAGCGGCACGUUAUGGGCAACGGGCUCAAAACAGAAUCCUGGCAGGGGUAUUCUGAGUCCGCUAGCUCUGAGUAGCAGAACACCUUCGAGCGCGUCAGUCGCUGCGCCCGGAUACAACCUUGGGUCGAUGGCAAAAUCAUGAAGUCAUUUUGUCCUCGGUUCUCCCAUGCAUCUGUGAUGCUUUCGCGUCGCGUUACACGUACCUUACGAUUGACUCGCAUAAAUUCUUACUUGUAGUGUAUUAGUCGCCUUGCUUCUUGGGGUUGUAACCUUUAGCUUUCGUCCGCAUUCCUUACCAGAGGCUUAGACACGGAAUAUGCGUCGGACAGAUCACGUAAAUUAUGCAAUUCGAUGAUGAAAACAGUACAAUGGAUUUGUGUGUGUGUGUGUGGGGCGUAAGCCGAUGUCGAGAGGACA